CUCUCCGACUCUCCGUCCACGCAUCUUCACCAGGCCAAGCCGAGACACCACGCCAGGACAGGACAGGCCAAGCUUGAUUCCGCUUCUUCUCGGAGCAAUUCCCUCGAACACCUCGCGCGCGCAGCCCGCGGCCUUGUCCGACUCCCACCGAAUGGCGGUGACAAACGAGUGAGGGAGGAGAAGAGGGAGACGCGAGGGCGAGGCGUGGCUCCUCCGAUGGCGUCUCUCCCCAUCUUAUCCGCUACCGCUGCUUCCCUCCCGCGGCCCCACGUCUGCUGCUUCAGGAACCCCGCCUCUUCUUCUUCGUGGGCCUGCUUCGCCGAGAGCAAUGGUUGCUGCGGAGUGCUUGACGCCGGGCGUUACGCGAGGCUGCGGCUGCGGUGGAGGAGCCCCGUCCGUGCCAAGGUCGGCGAGGUGGACAGGGACAAGGGCGCCGAUUUGGGGCUCCGCCCGGACCGCAAGAGCCUGCGGCGGCGCCUGAGGCUCAGGCCGAGGCUGCGCCUGCUGUCGUGGCGGCUCCAGCGCCUGUCGCCACGAGAGCUCGCGGGCGACGCCGCGGCGGCGUUGCGGCGGGCCCUCCGUCGCGUGCCUCCCCCGGCGGUCGCGUCGAUCGUCCUGGGGGCUCUCCUCCUCGCCGCGCGGCUCACGCUGCCCAAGAACUCGGCCCGGGAAGUGGCCUACUCGGACCUCCUGGCGGGGCUCCGCGCGGGCGCCGUGACCGCCGUCGCGUUCGAGGAGGACUCGCGCCGCAUCUACUUCAACAAGGCCGAGGACAUCGGCAGCGGUGACGACGAGGGCGAUACCGGUAAAGGCGCCGCCACAGCGAAGUGGCCGUACUACGCGAGGAGGGUGCCGCAUGAUGAGGGGUUCCUGCUGGGGUUAAUGCGGGAGGGCGGGGUGGACUACCGAUCGGCACCACGGCCGGCGGGGAGGCUGCUGGUGGACAUGUUGAGUACGCUGCUCACUCUGUGGGUCUCAUUGCUGCCGAUGAUGUGGUUCCUACAGAGGCAAAUGUCGGCUGGCGGCAGUGCAGACAAGCGGCGCCGGCCCAGGAAGCAGCAAGUAGGAUUUGAUGAUGUCCAGGGCGUGGAUGAAGCCAAGGAGGAGCUUGUCGAGAUAGUGAGCUGCUUGCGCGGUUCACUGAAUUACAAGAAGCUGGGAGCUAGGUUACCAAGGGGUGUUCUGCUUGUUGGGCCUCCGGGGACUGGGAAAACACUGCUGGCUAAGGCAGUUGCAGGAGAGGCUGGAAUUCCAUUCUUCCCUGUUUCUGCUAGUGAAUUUGUUGAAGUUUUUGUUGGAAGAGGAGCAGCCCGUGUCAGGGAUUUGUUCAAGGAAGCCAAAGAAGCUGCUCCGUCAAUCAUUUUUAUUGAUGAACUUGAUGCUGUGGGUGGAAGCAGAGGUAGAAGUUUUAAUGAUGAGAGGGACCAAACUCUAAAUCAGCUACUUACUGAAAUGGAUGGUUUUGACUCGGAUGUGAAAGUUAUUGUCAUGGCUGCUACUAAUAGACCUAAAGCUCUGGAUUCUGCACUUUGUCGACCCGGUCGCUUCUCAAGAAAGGUUUUUGUUGCCGUGCCUAAUUUGGAGGGCCGCAGAAAUAUUCUGGCUGUUCAUCUCAGAGAAGUUCCUUUAGAAGAGGAUCUUGAAAUAAUUUGUGAUCUGGUUGCUAAUGUGACCCCAGGAUUGGUUGGUGCAGAUCUAGCAAAUAUUGUUAAUGAGGCCGCGUUACUAGCUGCUCGAAGAGGUGGAAAUACUGUGGCUCGGGAGGAUAUUAUGGAUGCCAUUGAGAGGGAGAAAUAUGGGGUCAACGGUAGACAAAAAGGUCCUGAUUCUGAAAGACUAGGGCUUACCAAAUUAUUUCCAUGGUUAACUAAACCUGGGAAUAAACCAUCAAACCCAGACGACUUUCCAGGACUUUUAGGUUACCAUACAUUAAGCUAACUGGAGAGUUUGCAAGAUCCACAGUGGAGAUAAGCUGCAACUGAAAUGGUAUCAAAAUCAUCCGUGCAAUUGCAAGGCAGCAAAUAUACAAUUCAACUAUAUCUGUGAAGGAGGGUGCACUGUGCACUCAGUGAGAUGGGGGCAUGUGGUGCAUCACUCGCUGAAUUUUGAUGCAACUCGUUCAGCAGAAAACUGUUAUAGAUUACAGUAGCUUAGCAUGUGAAUCUGCAAUACAUGGUCCACGAGUUUUACUAAUGAUUCAUGUCAAUGUUAGACCAUACAAGCACUUGAACCUGGUUUUGUUCCGUAGCUCAUAUUGUUAAUACAGUAGCGUCCAAUGUGCAUUAGUAUACAACAUAGGGUCACUCCACUUUGGCUGUACACGAAGAUCUGCCAUUUGGCUCUCAGAAGCUAUGCUGCAGUUGGAUCCUGAACAAUAUGUAAGAUUGGAAGUAGAAUGAGUUACUUAGCAUGUCAACUGAUUUCACACUGUGCCUUAUUUCCUGUCACCUCAGUUUCAUCUGCUGUUGUUCUACAAAUUACAGGCAUGGAUAGAUUGAUUAGCUUUUAUAUAUGUAA